UUCUUUUUUUUUUCUUCCUAAAAGCUUAUUCCAAACUUCAUAACUAAAUCCUCUUCGCAACGGUCUCUUUAUUCCAAAAUUUCAAAUAACAAAUCUCGUAUUCUACUGUGAAGAACCAUAGAAACUGAGAGAGCAAAAUGCAGAAGACCCUUCAAUUCAAACCCCAACUUCUCAUCUCAGAAGCAUCCGUUUUUUUCGAUUCAAAUAGCAAGAUCGAGAUUUCUACGGAUAACUGCUUCUCUGUAACCAGAUCCCCUUUAGUCUUCAGACCCUCCAAUCUCCUCUUUCCCAAUCAAUUCUCUUCUCAUUUGCUUUCACUUUCGAAUCAAUCCCACACACAAAAUCAAAUUAUAUGCGCAAGAAGUAGCAAAAGGCGAUUUGGGUCACAAAGAUCGAGAAAAUUCAUACUUGAAUUGGUCGGUUUCGUUGCGUCAAAUCUCAAUAUCUUGCCAGAGCCAUUGGGUUUGGUUAUCAGAGAAUUCGGAGGUGGAAAUGGUGGGGGAUUAGGGUUUCCUAAGGGUUUUGGAGGGGGAGGCUUUGAUGGGUGGAGGGGGAAGAGGAAGAAGAACUUGGGGUUUUUAGGGUUUCUCAUGGUGUUUGGUUUGGGGUUAUGGUUGCUAUUGGGGAAAGAAAUGGAUAAGGAUGUGUUUUGGGGAGGUUCGGGUUUGGCUCUGUUUGGGGUUUUGAUUACUGCGUGGAAGAGAGGGGCUAAAGAUUGGAUUUUAGGGUUUUGUUUUGGUGCUGUGUUGAUGGGUGUGGGGUUGAAGAGAGAAGAGUUGCAGAAAUGGGCUAAGGGUUGUAGGGCAAUGGAGAUUGUUAGGAGAAGGAAAAGAAGAAGAGCAAUUUAAGAGAAAAGUAACUUCUUGUAGUUGAGUUUUUUACGAAGCCCAUUUGAGAACUCCAGCGCCAAGGCAAGGCAUCCGCCACCCAUGCAAGACUGUCCAGCAGGACACUCAUGUCAAAUAAGGGACUACUAAGCGCUCAAUCAUUGUUUUUGCAUUUUUGCAAAAAGAAAAGGAAGAUUGCUGCAGCAUGGAUCACUAUUGUUGGCUUACUACUGCAUGGUCAUGGUGAGGAAGUCCUAGGUACAUCUUUAACUAUUAUGAAAUCACAACAUUUGAGUUUUAAGUACAAGUGGACAUGUUGUAUGGUGGAAGAGGGUCAAAGACAAUUUUACAUCAAUGAGAGGUCUUUUUUGGUACAAUGCCGAAGAUAGAUGGCAAUCUAUUCCACUAUUGUCAUCUGGAACACAUUUUCAAAUAACUGUAAGAUACAUGAGAAUUUUGAUGUCGCCGACCAACUAAGUAUAAAGCAAUUAAAGAUUUUGUGUUUCAUUCUGAGAUAUAUAUGUAUAUGUUGGGGUGUCUGGCAAGAAGUCAAGAUAGCUGGAGAGUCAGUGAUGCGUGAAAAGCUUGCGGGAUUGCUUCAGUUUAAAUAAAAUGUUUUGUUUAUGGUUUUGUAUAAAGGGAUUUUAUACCUUUGCAAAUUGCAGAGGAAUGUAUUAGAAUGUAUUCCAUUUUUGGUUUUCAGCAUUGUAUCAUGUAUCGAGUCUAUCGACACAUAGGAGCUACAUGUACUGUACACAUAUAUACAUUUGUGGAGGAAAUUCAA